AUGAGCGCAAGGCUCCCGACGUUGGCGUCGUUGAAGACGAUGUUGAAGUUGAGUUUGGAACACUGAACCGACCUGCGUCUGUCCGUGCGGCACAAGCUCUUCGGCAAUUCCCACAAAGGCGACUGAACGCCCAUUUACGAACCUGAAGUUGGCGUCCGUAGUUCUCCGCUCUUGACGACGACGACGACUGCCACGAUGAGCGCGACGACGUCCAGCUUGGAACCGCUGUUCACGAUCUUGUCGUACUCUUAUGCUACGCUUGAAACGAACUUCUAUAAGCUGCCUGGUUCCUCUGUCGUCGCUCGCUAUGUCAAGUCAUCGCAUCAGAAUGACCCUGGACGUACCUUGCUGGAAGUUUUCCUAAUCAUCUUUGCUAUAAGGACACUGUUGCAAUCUCGAACACGCGCGGAUAACUCUGGUAAACACUUCAUCAGUUUUGACGAAAAGGAAAUUGACGAGCUCGUUGACGAAUGGACGCCUGAACCUCUGGCUGCUGAACUCAGUCCCAAAGAGCAAGCAGAACUUGCUUCAAUUCCCGUCAUUGUUGGCCCCACUGGACCUAAGCCAAAGCUUUCCAAUGGAAAGACGGUACUCAAUCUUGCGAGCUACAAUUUCACUGGACUGGCCGGGAACGAGGAUAUCAAGCAGAGCGGUGUUGAGACACUUCGCAAGUAUGGACUAGGGAGCUGUGGUCCUCCAGGUUUUUACGGCAAUCAGGAUGUACACAUUCAACUGGAAAAGGAUAUCGCGGACUUCCUAGGCACUGAAUCUGCUAUCCUCUACUCGCAGGCUUUCUCCACGAUCUCGUCUGUCAUUCCGGCGUUCUGCAAACGUGGAGAUCUCAUCGUCGCUGACCGAGGGGUCAAUUUUUCCAUCCAGAAAGGACUUCAAAUCUCACGAUGUACUGUUCGUUGGUACGACCACAAUGAUCUAAACAGCUUGGAACAAGUACUCGAGGCCAUUGAGAAAGAAAGACAAAAGAAGCGUAGUCCGCUCACUCGUCGGUUCAUUGUCACUGAAGGUAUCUUUGACCAUGAUGGAGCCAUGUCCGAUCUACCCAAGCUGAUCGAGUUGAAGUUGAAAUUCAAGUAUCGCUUGAUUCUGGACGAGAGCAUAUCGUUUGGUAGCGUCGGCAGAACCGGUCGCGGACUGACUGAGUUGUACAAUGUUCCUGCCGAUCAAGUGGAUAUGCUUGUUGGCUCUGUCGCUAACGGACUUGCGUCUGCCGGCGGUUUCUGUGCUGGCACCAAUAUCGUAGUGAAUCACCAGCGUAUCAACGGCACAUCCUUUGUAUUCUCCGCCGCUAUGCCAGCGCUGUUGACUGUAGCUGCUUCUGAAGGCAUUAGUAUUCUCCGAAACACGCCCUCAAUCCUCUCGACCCUCCAAGAGAAUAUCCGUGCUGUCCGUGUGAUACUUGAUAGGGUGGACUGCAUUUCAAUCCCUUCUCACCCGGCUUCUGCCACGAUCCACCUCCAUGUCAAGCUGCCUUCACCAAUGCACCUUUCGCCGAGAGUCCCACCACCCUCACCUUCCUUGUCUUCCUCUUCCUCGGGCAAACCUUCGAACCCUCUCUCCCCCACACCCCGGGAAGCCCCACAGUUCGACGCGGAGUUAGAGGAGAAAUUGCUUCAAGACGUCGUGGAGGAGGCACUCGCACAGGGCGUAUUGAUCACCCGCGCGAAGAGACUCCGAGGCCAGGAGCUCAACGACAUUCGGCCAAGCAUCCGUCUUGCCAUCAGUGCCGCACUGAACAAGAAGGACUGCGAGAAAGCUGCCAAUGUUGUCAAGGCUGCUUUUGUCAAGAUCGUUGGAAGGCAGCGUCGUUAGAGUUGACUUUUUAGCUCUUCUAAUACAUAGAACGUUCUUUUUACCCUGUGGAUCUACUGUUGAUAUACUCUUGUAAUGCAUUACUACCCUACCGUCUCUAAGUUUAAUCCUCCUGCCAAGUGUUGGAAGUUG